AUGAGUGCAUUUUUUAUACCAACGGUUUCUUUUCAGAAGCAACAACAGCUUAAAGAACAAAUGAUGAAAAAGAAAAAAUCAUCAAAAUCGCGGAAAGAUGAAGAUAGACCAAGACCACAUUUUGGAAGAAAUUCAACCUCGAGUACAGAUGUCAGUAGUUCAUCCUUAUAUUCAUUGACUUCUCCCGUCAGUGAUCAUAAUUCGAUUUUCACCGGGAAAGCAUCUUCAAGACAUAGUCUUGAAAGGGCUGAAACAGUUGAAAGUCAUGACCUGUUCGAUCAAAAGUCUCACGUCACUCUCGGGAACUUGUCUAUUUCUAGUAAGAAAUCUGCAAAUAAAAUGAGUUUAAAGGCAUUGGCAACUUCUGGCCAAAGACUGCCUAUAAUGAACUACACUCACACAUCUGACAUCAAUGAAAUUUUAAGGUACAGUGAAAAGGAAAGGAAACGUAGAAAUCACUCCGUUCGGGGAACAUAUCCUUCUCCUAAGAGUAGUAUGGAAGGAGAUACAAAUUCUGAAUUUGGGCGUAUAAGCCAUUCAGAAUAUAUAGAGGAAGAAACAGAAAAGGAGGUAGAAAUGGAAGGUACUAGACAAGAGGAGAAAGAAGGGCAAGAAUCAAUUAAAGAAAAGGUAACAACGUCUGAUACGUCGUCACUUCAACUCGAGCCAGUAUAUUCCGAUGUCAGUUCGAUUUUCAGCACAAGAUCUCAUAGGCUGAUAAAAAAGUCCAUCGACGGAAAGGGUUUUGCAGCUAAACUCCACAAAAUGGUCAAAUGA